AUGGACUCCUUUGCUACCAACACCGCUGCGUUCGACAGUUGGCUUCAUAGACAUUACGACUACAUUAACGAUGACAUUGAAAUUGCAGAUUUGAGGAAUUCGCACGAAGGACGCGGUCUACGCGCACGCAAUGACAUCCAGAAAGACACCGUUCUGUUCCGUCUGGCCAGAGAUCAUAUAUUGAAUAUUCGCACAGCGGCUCUUGGCAAGCUCAAACCGGGAAAUCAGGAAGUCCUUGAGACUCUGAACCAAUGGGAAGCCCUCAUUUUGUGUCUGGCAUACGAGAUGAUGCUAGGAGAGGAGUCUCGGUGGAGCUCGUACUUGGCAGUUCUGCCUGAAAAAUUCAACUCCUUAAUGUUUUGGUCGUCCGAGGAGCUUGAAAAACUGAAACCAUCCAACGUUUUGCAGAGGAUUGGGCGUGAACAGGCUGAACAAAUGUACUCCAAGCUUGUGCCUGAAUACUGCCUUCGUUUGGGUAGCAAGAAAUUGGUGGAGUAUUUGACUAUAGACCGGUUCCAUGUGGUGGCAAGCAUAAUCAUGAGUUACUCGUUUGAUGUUGACGAUCCUGAGGAUGAUCCUGAGGACGAUGAGGAUGAAGAGGAAGACUUCGACGAGAUAGAGCAGGAAUGCAUCAAAUACGAUGGGUAUUUGAAGUCGAUGGUUCCUCUUGCAGAUACUCUCAACUCAAAUACUAAUUUGGUGAAUGCGAAUUUGAGCUACGAAAAUGACGCGCUAGUUAUGACUGCUACUAAGGACAUCAAAAAAGGAGAGCAGAUUUAUAACAUCUAUGGUGAGCUGCCGAACUCUGAGAUUCUGCGAAAAUACGGAUAUGUGGAGCUUCCUGCUUCCAAGUAUGAGUUUGCUGAGCUACCUCUGACAGUUAUCAAACAGACGUUUGUGGACAACUAUCUCUCUUCGUUGGAUAGCAAAAUCAGAGAAACGCUCUUCGACAAGACUGCCGAGCUGAUCAGCGAGUCCGAGUACUUAGACGAAAGCUUGGAAGACCAGGAAGGGGGUAUUGUUUUGGAUGCGUACGAGGUGUUUGCCGAUGCAGACGUGCUGCCAGAGCUCUUGCUAUUAAUCCAGAUCCUGACGACCUGCUAUGAAAGUUUUGAAACAGACCCAAAAUGGGCCAAGAAACUUGCGAGAACGCGGUCCGAGCUGGAAUCGUUUAUCAACAGAUGCAUUCUAAAAUCGUUCCAGCUUGUGGAGAAAAAUAUUAUCACCCACAGGUGUGUCGAGAAUCUCAAUAAAUGCGUCGAGGGACGCAUUGCCCAGUACGGGACCGCCCAGGAUUAUGAGAUUCCGGCCAGCUAUAGAGACUUCGACCGCACAGAGCUGGCAUCCAUCGUGCUGAGAUGCGAGGUGAACUGUUUGCGCAAUGUGUUGAACAACUUUCCAGAAAAAUAUGAGCGCAUCGACGACUCGAAGCUUCUGAAAAACGUGCUCAAGCGCAAGGCCGAGGCAGACACACAGAAACACAAGAAGCAAAAAACCUAA